AUGUCACACCCAACAUCAGUUAUUAACGAGCAGGUAGGCCCAUUACCAACUAAGGCCCCACAACUUUCUAAGAAUGUGAAUGAUUUGUUCUCAUUAAAGGGUAAGGUAGCUUCUGUCACCGGUUCCUCAGGAGGGAUUGGUUGGGCUGUAGCUGAAGCUUAUGCCCAAGCAGGAGCAGACGUUGCUGUUUGGUACAAUUCUAAAAAUGCAGAUGCUAAGGCUGAAUACUUAACUAAGACUUACGGUGUGAAGUCGAAGGCAUACAAGUGUAACAUUUCUGAUCCAGAAGACGUCGAAAAGGUAAUUGGACAAAUUGAAAAGGAUUUCGGUACCAUUGACGUUUUCGUUGCCAAUGCCGGUGUUCCAUGGACAGAAGGUAGAAGUAUUGAAGUUGAAGGAUAUGAUUCGUGGAAGAAGGUUAUAGAUUUGGACUUGAGUGGUGUCUACUAUUGCGCUAAGGCUGUCGGAAAGAUUUUCAAGAAGAAUGGUAAGGGUUCGCUUGUGUUCACAGCAUCAAUGUCUGGCCACAUUGUGAAUGUUCCACAAUUGCAAGCUCCAUACAACGCCGCAAAGGCCGGUGUUUUGCACUUGAGUAAGUCAUUAGCUGUCGAAUGGGCCCCAUUCGCUAGAGUUAACACCAUUUCACCUGGUUAUAUUGCCACAGAAAUUUCCGACUUCGUUCCGGACGAUGUCAAGGCUAAGUGGUGGCAAUUAAUUCCAUUAGGAAGAGAAGCUCUUCCACAAGAAUUAGUUGGUGCUUACUUAUAUUUUGCAUCCGAUGCGUCUACUUACACUACAGGAUCGGACUUAUUAGUCGAUGGUGGUUACUCUGCUCCAUAG